AUGCCUCUGUAUGCAAAAUUCCUAAAGGAGCUUAUCAACAAGAAGAGGAGCUUGAAUGAAAAAGAGACAGUGAUCUUGAUACAAGAAUGCAGUGCAAUGAUCCAAGAAGGCAUCCCACCAAAACUCAAAGACCCUAGGAGCUUCUUCUUGCCUUGUACCAUUGGUAACAUAAUCAUUGACAAGGCACUGUGUGAUUUAGGAUCCAGUAUCAACCUGAUGCCUUUGUCUAUGAUGAGAAGGCUAUCUAUAGAAGAAGUGAAGCCUACACAGAUGUCAUUGGAGCUAGCAGAUAGAUCUCUGGUAAUUCCCAAGGGGGUGUUUGAAAAUCUCUUGGUCAGAGUAGGGAAAUUCAUAUUUCCAGCAGAUUUUGUAAUCCUGGACUUAGGUGAAGAGGGGAAUGACUCUAUUAUAUUGGGAAGACCUUUUCUGGCCAUAGUAAGGGCUAUCAUUGAUAUGGAACAAGGAGAAAUGACUUUGAGGGUAAAUGAUGAGAAGAUCACUCUAAAUGUCUUCCAAGAAAUACAAUAUACUGUUGAAGAGAAAAGCUGCAUGAGGGCUAAAGAAGAAGACUUGCUUUGGAAAGAAAAACCCCGUGAAGCACUCAUCAGCUCACCUGUGAAGCAAGAGAUGGACAGUGGAGAAGAAAAAAGGGAAAGGAAGAUGUAA